AUGGCUAAAACAUCAGAAGUUUCUUGUUUUAGUUGGUUCAUCUCUCUCAUGGAUUCAACUGAUCUCUUUUCUUAUACAGAUUCAAAAGAAAAUAUCAAGAAACUCAAAGUGAAAGUUAAUGAAGUGCUAUAUUUAACGUGUGAAGAACGUAUUGUGGUUGAUUUUGAUUACCUGGAUGAACCAUUUGGAGAUGCACGCGGCCUUCUUUCAGGAUUUUGUGGAAUUUUAGCAUGUGACUGCGCUUUAUUUCCUAUCCACUGUGAGAAAUGGUCGAGUUUACCUAUCUCAUACUUCAACCGCAUCUUCGAUCAAAUUAUAAAGCCCAAGUUCUUCUUUAAGACAACCGAGUCAGUUGCACGACAACAUGUUUAUAAAUCUAUUGGAAAGAAAUGGGCUGCAAAUAGGCUUAACUUGUGGAGUGCAUCUGAAGACCCACUUAAAAGUAGAGCUGAGAUUAUUGAUAAUGUGCCAGAUGGAAUUCCGCCAGAUCAAUGGAUUUCUUUUGUUGAUUACCAAUAUAAAGAUUCAACAAAGGAAAUGCGUAAAAGAAAUGCUGAAAAAGAAAAAAACAGAAGAUUCCACACACAGAUGGCUCAGACUGGACAAAUGCCUGGACGAGCACAAAUAUACAUUGCUACUCAUAAGAAUGAAGAUGGAGUAUAUGUUAAUGAAGAAGCAAAAGAAAUAUGCAAAAAAAUUGAGUUAGCUUUGAGCCAAAGCACCAUAGACGAGUCUCAAAUUUCGCCAAAUGAUGCCGUUGGUAAGGUGCUAGAAAAAGAGCACUCUGGAAGGGCAUAUAUGAUAAUGAAAGAAGGGACUUUACCAGAACAGUUUGCGGGGUUCUUUGCUUCUCCUUCGACGGUUUCUCCUACAACGCCAAGUGAUGCGGACAGUGGACCCCUUUCGCCAAUAGACGCAAGAAGAUCAUGUGGUGAUAGUAAUUUUAGCGGCAUCCAUUGA